AUUUUCUCUUCACAUCCAAACAAAGGGUAAGAUUUUAAACACUAAUCUAAGACUUGGUUCCUGAAGCUUGAUAACAAAAAUGGCAGAAGCUGUGGUUUCAUUUGUCGUACAAAAGCUAGGCGAUUUGCUCAUAGAAGAAGUAACAUCCCUCUAUGAUGUCCAAUACCAAGUUGAGUCAAUUGAGAGGGAGUUGACUCGGAUGCAGUGCUUCUUGAAGGAUGCAGACGCCAAGCAAAAGGGUGAUAUGAGGGUCAAUAACUGGGUGAGAGACAUAAGAGAUGUUGCCUUUGAUGUUGAAGACAUCAUCGACACCUUCGUCCUCAAGUUAGCAUGCCAAAGAAGAAGAUCUGGAUUAAUGGGGUUCACUGCAAAAUUCAAAUACUGCUUCAGAGAUUUGGCAGCAAGGCGUCAACUUGCUGAGGAUAUACGGAGUAUUAAGAGGAGGAUUUGUGAGAUUUCCACUGGUAGAGUUACUUAUGGGAUUGAAAACAUUGGAGGGGAUAAUGCCCCUUAUGUGUGCGAGAAAAUGCGUGAGCGAAGACGAUCCUCCCCCCAUGUUGAUAAUCAUGAUGUUAUUGGAUUCGAUGAAGACAUUAACAUGUUGGUAUUGCGAUUGGUAGAUCUAAGGUUAUUGAGGAGGAGAGUGAUUUCUAUUGUUGGGAUGGGGGGCUUGGGAAAGACUACUUUAGCCAAGAAAGUGUAUAAUUGUACCGAGGUUAAGAGGCAUUUUGAUCUUUGUGCAUGGGUUUAUGUUUCUCAAGACUACAGAGCAAGAGAGAUUUUACAUGAGAUUGGAAGAAGGGUUUUGAGCAUUAGCAAAGACAACUUAGCUGCAAUGAAUAAAGAUGAUCUAGAGGAGAAACUUUACAGGGUUUUGAGCAAGAAGAGGUAUUUGAUCGUCUUGGAUGAUAUAUGGAAAAUUGAAGUUUGGGAUGACUUGAAAGCCAUCUUUCCAGAUGUCAUGAAUGGUAGUAAACUGUUGUUUACUACCCGCAUUAAGGAAGUAGCUAUGCAUGCCGAUCCGAGCAGCCCUCUGCAUGAGCUACAUUUUUUGAGUGCUGCUAAGAGUUGGCAGCUGUUUACGAAGAAAGCCUUUCCAAUGCUGGUGGAAACUGGUUCAUUUGCUUGUCCUCCAGAGCUGGAGAGAUUAGGAAAACAAAUAGUUGCCAAGUGUGGAGGCUUGCCCCUUGCAAUCGUCAUUCUAGGAGGGCUUUUAUCUAGAAAAGAGAAAACCACUUGUGUUUGGUCGAGGGUGCUGCAGAGUGUAAAUUGGCAGCUGACUCAUGAUCCUAAUAAGCUGUUAGAAAUUCUGGCUCUGAGUUACAAUGACUUGCCAUACUACCUGAAGCCUUGUUUCCUUUACUUUGGUCUUUUCCCUGAAGACUUGGAAAUUCCUGCUCCAAAACUAAUGCUAUUUUGGAUAGCUGAAGGAUUUGUUCAGCAAAGGGGAGAAGAAGCUAUGGAAGACGUUGCAGAAGAUUUCUUGGAAGAGUUGAUUGACAGGAGCAUGGUUCAAGUAGUGGAGAGGAGGUAUGAUGGUAAAAUCAAGGCUUGCCGAAUUCAUGAUCUUCUGAGAGACCUUGCAAUAUCUGAGGCUAAAGAAUGUAAGUUUCUAGAAAUCCUUGAUGGUUAUACUUGUGAUUCAAUGAUUAGAGCUCGUAGAAUCGCAAUCCAUACCACUCUUGAUAUGUACCUGCACCUAAGGCACUCGAAUCUUCACCUUCGUUCUUUGCUACGCUUCACAACGUCUGAUGAAUACCUUCAGAGUCAUCAAUGGACACACUUCGGUGACUGCCACAAAUUGCUUCGAGUGCUUGAUCUCCAGGGUGCUAUUGUAUCUAUAUUGCCAAAAGCAACUGGGGAACUCAUUCAUUUGCGGCACUUGGGGUUGAAGAAUACUGGUUUGAAGAGGUUCUCAUUCCCCAUAAACAACUUGAGCAAGCUACAAACUCUUGACAUUAGGGCUACCAAGCUUAGCAGAAUGCCAAAAGAGUUAUGGAAGAUGCAAAGUUUAAGGCGCCUGUAUUUCCACAGGAUUGCAAUAACAGGGCGUUUCCCAGAUCAUGUUUCUGCAACAAAUCUCAGAACAUUAUCAACCGUCUCAAUAUAUGGAAAUAAUUGGGUUCCUAAUUUCCUUGGCAAGCUGACAAACCUUAGGAAAUUGGGCAUUGAGGGAUACCAUGUUUCUCAAACUGAGGCAUUGUCCAAUGCUUUAGUCAAAUUAAGCAGUUUAGAGAUUCUUCAGUUAAAGGGAGCUGAUCCUAUUUCGGAUCCAGUUUUGAGGUUGAUCUUUAAAUUACCCAACAUUUACAAGCUGCAUCUUUCAGGCGCUAUGGACAAGCUUCCUGACCCUGGAGAAAUCCAACCGAAUCUCACUAAACUAUGCCUGGAAAUGUCACAGCUUGAGCACGACUCAUUUGUAACAAUGGAGAGACUACCCAAUCUUAAGAUGCUCAGGUUGCUGUCAAAUUCCUUUUGUGAAAAGGAAAUGGUCUGCUCAUCAGGUGGAUUUCCUAAGCUUCAUUGCUUAGAAAUCCGAGAAUUGGAAAAGUUAGAGGAGUGGAGGAUUGAUGUAGGAGCCAUGCCAGGUCUUAGACGCUUGAUCAUCCAUGAUUGUGAAAAUCUGAAGAUGAUUCCUGAAGGAUUGCAGUAUAUUACCACUCUUAAAGAAGUGGUCAUAGAGGGUAUGGCUGAUGAAUUUGAAGCUAGGAUUCAACAAGAUUGUGGGAGUGAUUGGCAUAAAGUUCAGCAUAUACCAUCCAUUGUCAUAAGAAUAGUCCUCAUUUGUGAAAUGCUUGGAAUUUACUUCUGUUGGAAAACCAGGUCUCCAAUGCUUCCCAGGCCAUUUCUGCAAUCCUCAAGAAGGUAAUUCUGAUUGCAUUUCUGUUC